CUCUCUCUCCCCCUUCUCUCUCGCUCUCUCCCACCUCACAUUUGCCAGUACCAGAGCUCUCCGACUGGCAACCAACUGGAGCAUUGUGUCUUCUUGGCGAAGAGAGUGAAAGAAGGAAGGGAUAGACAGGACGGUGAAAGAGAGAGAGACCGAGGUGAGAGAAGUGAGAGAGGUGAGAGUGACAUAUGGACAGAGACCCACACCAUCCAUUUCCACGCUUUGAGUGUGUCUUUGUUUUAAAGGAGCAACUUCACAACAAAAAUCAAAUAUGUGCGUUUGGACUGACUUUUGGUCUCAUUCUGACUUAAUCUCUUGGUGAAUAUUUGGGACUUUUGUUUUUAGAGGUUCACAUGGGUAUGAUAUGGUGUUUUAAGUGGUGUCAGACAGUUUGGCUCCAAUUCUAACCUCAGAGAAUGACAGGCUGCAGUAGAGUGUGAGCGACCUGAGGAGGAGGAGGAGGAGGAGGAGGAGGAGGAGGAGGAGGAGGACAUUUAACACUGAGGAGAUACACCAUGUGCGUUCACAGAUCGCUUGAUCUCUGACGGAUUUUGCAUGACAGACAGCCGAGCCUCACUGGAUGUCAUAAUGUAUCUACUCUUUGAUAUCAAUCCAAUCUUCAGCGGUCCAGGACGUUUUGAAUGCUUAAAAGGAUUUUGACUCACAUCCUCAACACACACACAGACAUACAAAUAGACAGACAGAUUCAUUAAGAACAGCCACUGCAGACUUGUUCAAAAAAAAAAAAAAAAAAAAAGAAUCUGAUGCUCAGGAUGUACUGUAAGAAAAAUCCACACCAAAUCAGACCGCAACAACCACAUCAGCUCCACGCUGCACACAGAGAUGAUACCACAGAGAUAGUCGUCCAUUAAAGACUGCAACAUACGGACAUGAAAACACUGGUUUCACUGGCCCCUCCUUUACCGUUGUAGUAGGGGAAUGAAUACAGUCUCACGUUUACUCACAGUGUAGAUACAGCCAGCAGAUGACAGAAGACUCACAUCCUGACUCUGGAGAGGAUAAGAGCAACUGAGGAAUUUCAGGUUUCCAGGGUUGAAUCUACAUUUUUAGAGAGGUAGCAAAGUAUUGUAGCUAUAAUCUGAAGGAAAGCAAAGUCGCCUAUAUGGAAAAGACUCAUAUUCUUAGUAAGGAGAGGUUUAAAGGGCUCUUCAGGACAAGCUGCAGAUGGUACACAUGAACAUGUUAGUUACUCUCGCACACAUAUAAAGACCACUUGGACAAGACACACUGACGCACUUCCAGGCAGGGCAGCUGAGAGGAACAGAAGCUUGGCACUGACGCAAAUUCCCCCAGAGGACUUCACCAAUAUGAUGGAGAAGCUGAACCCCACCGGCACACCUGCAUCUCCCCCCAACCUACCUCGCUCCUCCUCCUCGUCCUCCGCCUCCUCCCCAUCCUGUGCCUCUGUAGAGCAGCACAGUCCCCUCCAGGACAAGACAUCCUCGGACACUGUCAGCAGCCCGCAUCCUGCUAACAAGACAGGGCACAAGGGACACACAGAUGUCCCCGCUGCUGGCUCGAUUCGGUCCCCCAUUGCCACGGAGACGGCGUUAACCAGUCACCACGCAAAUAUAGAUACAGCUGCUGCACCUGAGCCCAUUGUCAUGGAGACUGAAGAAGAGGAGGAGGAGGAGGAGGAGGAGGAGGAGGAGGAGGUGGAGAGGCGAGGAGGACCAACAACCACAACAGCUCCUGCUGCUUCUGCCAACGGGUCCCCAACUCUUUCCUCUCCACCUCCGCUCCUCCCGGCACCAGCCAAAACAUCUCCAUGCCUACUACCACCUCCAACCUCCACCACAUCUUUCCCUUCAUCCUCGUCAUCCUCUUCUCUCCCUCCACACAUUCCAGUCAUCAGCCUCGGUCACAGCAAACCCCCUCUCCCGCUCACCAAUACCCCUUUGACUGCCCUUCACCCAAUUCCCAACCUCCUACAUGGUCCCCAUGGGGACCCACGCCGCAGUCAGCUGACCUGCUUGCCUGUGGCCAGCCCUGGAGCUUCUGGAUCUUCUGUAGGUUCUGGGGGGCCUUCAGCUCCCUCCCCAGGACCCCUGUUGUCUCAGCAGUACCUGUCUGCACACCCCUUCUUCACCAGUUCUUACCUGGGUCCCUCAGGAGGAAACUAUGGUGUCAUCAACAACAACCGGAUCAAGAGAAGACCCUCGUCACACUUUGAGAUGGAGAUCAGCGAAUGCCCUCCUCAGAAAAUUGCUCGCCGUGUCUUCACCAACAGCCGUGAGCGAUGGCGACAGCAGAACGUGAAUGGGGCUUUCUCUGAGUUGCGAAAACUCAUUCCCACACACCCACCUGACAAGAAGCUCAGCAAGAAUGAAAUCCUGCGUCUGGCUGUGAAGUACAUCAACUUCUUGGUCACUCUGCUCAACGAUCAGGCACAGGAUGAGAGCAGAGACUCCGCUGAGGAUGAGGCUGAGGACCAAAGCAUCACAGUUGGUUUGGACAGUAACAAACUGAACCCUCUUUUUCAGCAGUGCGACACUCCUCCACCGUCACAAGCCACCCCACCAUCCUCAGCCCGUCCCGCCUUGGCGACAGUCCACAGAGACAGAGACUCCACUGACUCAGUCGUUGCUCUGGCCUCCCCAGCAUCGUCCAGUUGCUACGGUGACACGGACAGUGAGGAAAGCUUUGGGGCUAAGACCUCUUUGGUGACCCAGGGCAUUCUGGGAAAGGUCAAGGGUCAGAUAAGGAUGGUGGCGGCCACAAAUGAUGAGCGGUGACACCAAAAGACAGCAAACAGCAAACAAAGAGGAGUUUAAAUGUCACACUGACGGACAGAGAAGGACACACAAUCAUCGCCAGAUACCAAAAGUAGUGUGAAUAAGUAAGGGAUGGAUUUUUCAGGACAUUUUGUAGUCUGUGUGUGUGUUUUUCAAUGAUGUGCAAACACUGAGUGUGAAGAUCUUUGUUUUAGGAAUAUGCUGAACUGUGCUCUGGGGCAAGUUGAGAGGCAUGAAACAUCAGAGCAUUCAAAUACUCAUACAUGUUUUAUAUCCAAACAAGGUCAAAAUGUUCCUUUAUUGAACAUUACACCUCAAUAUCAAACAAUAUGGAUCCAUAACAUGGAUGAAUUAUGCAAAACGGGAUCUUGGAAAUCUAAUUAAAUCGCCUCAUGCUGGAAUUAUGUGGAAACGAAAUGUUGAUUUCUUUGUGUUAAUAACAAAAAUCUAAUUAUCCUUUCUCAGUCAAGACAUUUCAAGAUCUUGAAUUCCCCCUCUGUAGACGCAUAAAAAUGUUAUAUCUCUCACAAGAGGGUUAAAAACCUGAUUUCUUUUGUUCGGGUCCAAAUGCAACCUCAGAAAUUUACAUGUAAAUAAGCAGCAUUGCCCCAGUUCAAUUAUGGUGCCAGCAGAGAAGUGCAUGACAUGCAUUAAUGAAUUGAAGUUGCAACUUUAAUGUUCCUGCGGUUCUCGUUGUCAGGCUCGAUGGUCUCACCCUGACAUUGUGACACACUUGUACCAGACAGAAAUAAAGUGUGUUUUAGUUUGCUGUUCCUUA